GAGAGAGAGGGAGGAGAGAGAGAGAGUGUGUCUUUUCUUCUGCAACCCUAGCUGUGCUCGUUUUCGGAGGCCAGGAGAAGGUGAGAUCGAGAGCGGUUUCCGUUUCGUAUCCCUCGUUUUUGCUUAUGUACACCAAUAUUCAUUGUGUUCACUGUUUGAGUAAACGAUGGAGAAAGAGGUUAUCGGAUCUCCUCCACCACCACCGCCAAUUGUACCACCCAAUGUCAAGCCAGAAAAACUGGAUGUGCCGAAGCAUUCUAUUAUCCGUAGGCGUGGGUUUGGUAGUGCUGGGCGGCGCAUUUCGUUGUUGGCAAACCACUUCAAAGUCUCUGUCAAAUACCCGGAGGAGAUGUUUUAUCAGUACAGUGUUUCUGUAAGUUAUGAAGAUAAGAGAGCUGUUGAGCACAAGGGAAUUGGGAGAAAGGUUUUUGACAAACUUUACCAAACCUACUCCUCAGAACUUGGCGAGAAGAAGUUGGCUUAUGACGGGGAGAAGACGUUGUACACUGUGGGGCCUCUUCCACAAAAUAAGUUAGAGUUCUCAGUGGUACUUGAGGAGUCUUUUGCAAAAAAAGGUAGCCCAGCUCACAGUGGGAGUCCUACUGAGGCAACAAAAAGGUCAAAGCAUUCUUUUCAGUCGAAAGCUUUUAAUGUUGAAAUCAGCUACGCAGCAAAAAUACCUCUGAAGUCGGUAUCUCUAGCUCUUCAAGGAGCCGAAGCUGAAAAAACACAAGACGCGCUGCGAGUGCUAGACAUCAUACUGAGGCAGCAAGCGGCUAACAGGGGUUGCCUUUUGGUACGUCAGUCUUUCUUUCACGAUGACUCAAGAAAUUUAACUGACAUUGGAGGAGGUGUGACCGGCUGUCGGGGGUUCCAUGCUAGCUUUCGCCCAACUCUUGGCGGUUUGUCUCUGAAUAUGGAUGUAUCUACCACUAUGAUCUUAACACCUGGGCCUGUCAUUGAUUUUCUGCUAGCCAAUCAGAGUGCACGGGAUCCUCGAAAUAUAGACUGGACAAAGGCUAAGAAAAUGUUGAAAAACAUGAGGGUGAAGACGAGGCACAAUAACCGGGAAUUUAAGAUCAUAGGCUUGAGUGAAAAGCCUUGCAAUCAGCAAUUUUUUCCUCUGAAAGUGAGGAAUAGUGAUGGAGGUAAGGAUGGAGAGGCUUUGGAGAUUACUGUGUACGACUAUUUUACGAAACAACGUAACAUAGAGCUUAGGUUUUCUCAAUACAUGCCAUGCCUUGAUGUUGGCAAACCAAAGCGGCCUUCCUAUCUUCCACUGGAGCUUUGCUCUCUUGUCUCGCUUCAGCGCUACACAAAGGCAUUAUCUUCAGUGCAGAGAGCAUCUUUAGUUGAAAAGUCGAGGCAAAAACCUCCGGAAAGGAUACGGGUUGUGACUGAUGCCAUUAAAAACUACCGUUAUGACGAUGACCCUCUUCUUGCUGCUUGCGGCAUUUCGAUUGAGAAACAACUUACUCAAGUUGAUGGUCGUGUCCUUGAGGCCCCUAAGUUGAAGGUUGGAAAUAAUGAAGAUUGUGUACCUCGUAAUGGAAGAUGGAACUUUAACAACAAGCAUCUCUUUACCCCAGUCAAAAUAGAACGGUGGGUGGUUGUCAACUUUUCUGCUCGGUGUGAUACAAGUCAUCUCUCCCGAGAACUUAUCCAAUGUGGACGGAACAAGGGCAUUCAUAUUGAACGUCCACACACACUGAUUGAGGAAGAUCAGCAAUAUAGAAGGUCUGGCCCUGUUAUACGAGUAGAUAAGAUGUUCGAGCUGAUAACUGCAAAACUCCCUGGUCCUCCUCAAUUUAUUCUUUGUGUCUUGCCUGAACGGAAAAAUUCUGACAUUUAUGGGCCUUGGAAGAAGAAGAGUCUUAGUGAUUUUGGCAUAGCCACCCAGUGUAUUUCCCCUUCUAAGAUCAACGAUCAGUAUCUUACAAAUGUCCUCCUCAAAAUAAACUCUAAGCUCGGAGGGACAAACUCUCUGUUGGCACUUGAGCACUCGUCCCGCAUCCCUCUGAUCAAAGACACUCCAACUAUGAUUCUGGGGAUGGACGUUUCUCAUGGCUCUCCCGGCAGAUCCGAUGUUCCAUCGGUAGCGGCAGUUGUUGGAUCUCGCUCAUGGCCAUUGAUAUCAAGGUAUAGAGCAGCUGUACGGACCCAAUCAUCGAAGGUGGAAAUGAUCGAAUGUCUGUACAAGCCCUUAGCGAAUGGAGAGGAUGAUGGGAUUAUGAGGGAACUACUGAUUGAUUUCUACCAGACCAGCAAUGGAAGGAAACCUGCUCAAAUAAUAAUAUUCAGGGAUGGGGUGAGCGAAUCUCAAUUUAAUCAAGUGCUGAACAUUGAGCUGGAUCAAAUGCUGAAGGCUUACCAGCACCUUGGUGAGGCCAAGGUUCCCAAGUUCACUGUGAUUGUGGCUCAAAAGAAUCACCACACGAAGCUAUUUCAAUCAGGUGCCCCUGAAAACGUUCCUCCUGGUACUGUUGUUGAUACAAAUAUUGUGCAUCCAAGGAACUAUGAUUUCUACAUGUGCGCUCAGGCGGGGAUGAUAGGAACUUCUCGUCCUGCGCAUUAUCAUGUAUUGAUCGAUGAGAUUGGUUUCUCUCCUGAUGACCUUCAGAAUCUUAUUCACUCACUGUCAUACGUGUACCAAAGAAGCACUUGUGCAAUCUCAAUUGUGGCUCCUAUCUGCUAUGCACACCUUGCAGCCGCUCAAAUGGGGCAGUUUAUCAAGUUUGAGGACUUCUCCGAAACGUCUUCGGGACAAAAGAGCCUCACAACAGCAGGAAGUGCUGCCGCCGUUCCUGAGCUUCCGAGGUUGCAUAAAGAUGUUGCGGGUUCUAUGUUUUUCUGCUGAGCUGAUGGUAUCUCUUGCAGUCGUACAUAUUGAUUAUCUGAUUGGUUGUGAAGUACUUUGGUGGGUAUAGGAAAAGGCAUAUACGGGUGACCCAAGUGUCUGGUCUUGGGGAAAAGGAAAAGGUAUAACACAAUUUUUAGUAAUCAUCGGCCUUAUGGCCAAUUUUUUGACCCAUAGUGUUGAUGAAGGCUGGGUAUUUACGUAAGAUAGGUCAGGAUAGGUAAAUCUUCUGCCAAUUGAUGGCUAUAUUUAGUAGUUUGCACUCUCAAACAUGGUAAUACUUUGUUCCGUUAUUCGGCUUAGGGUUUUGAUGCUCCGAUGGUUUCCGUAACUGUGAUGCACCAAUACGCUGGUGGAUGUUAAGCUCUGUAAUUUCCGGAUUCAAGUUUGCUAGUAAUUGUCAAUUCUAUCACUAUAUCUAUUUCGAGUUUA